AUGUCGAAGAAGCUCCACGACGCCGUGACUGAGGCGCGCACGUUGUGGCAAUGCAACUACAUGCGAAAUGAUGCUCGGUGGAGCCUGAAGCAACUACACGGUCUGUACCAUCUCAUCCUUGACAACAGAGAUGAGCUCGCAAAACACGCUUCCAGCGUUUUGCUCCUGACCUCAUCGACGUCUUGCCACACAGAGUACUCGACUUGCGCGAAUGAGAAAAACAUUGCUCGUCUUGUGGGCGAACUCAGCCUACACAUUCAGGACGCCGAUCAGACGAUUGUCCGGUCAACUUGGACGGCUAGUGCUCCCCUGUUGGGGCAGCUCGAGGUCUUGAGGCAGCCCUUGGGGGUCUCUGUUGUUGUCUUUGGGCCCCAAACCCCUGUAGGCUAG